AAGUUGACCCACGAAGUGAGGAUGAUAUUGCAUCUCAAAUUAUAGAAGAUAUAUUUGACAAAGACUAUAAGUAUAAAUCAAGUAUGACAGACAAUAGUUCAAGUUUAAUAAAUGAGCAGGACUCAGAGUUAACAAUGCAAGAUAUUAUAUGGAAAAUGAUUGAAUCAGCACAAAUCAAAAUAAUAAAAGAGGCCUUUCGUUUUCGAUAUAGAAAAGAUAGUAAGCUUAUUAGUGAAUAUGCUAAAUAUAUAAAAAAUUUGCGUAAUGCAGAUAACCAAGAUAAGUAUAUAAAAUAUACAGCAAUAACACUUUUCCCAAAUAAUGAUGCAUAUAAUAAAAGAAUGUCAAGAUAUAGAAAAUGGUAUCAAGGUAAAAAGAAACUACUUACCAGUAUAGAAGAUUUAUAUAAUCUUUAUUAUAAGCUAUCCAAAAAGGAUUGGCUUAUGACUGAAACAGAAAUUGAAGAAGCUAUUGAGAAUAUACUUAUAGAUGAGUAA